GCCCCUCCGGGUCCCCGCUGCCGCCCGCCCCGGCGUCCGGCCGCCUCCACCGCGGGCGGGCCGGGCCGCAGGAAGUCUCGCCCGGUGGGAGUGGAGUCUCCCCUCUGCCGGGCCCGUGCGAACCGCUCUCCUACCACUGCUGGAAGGAGCGGAAGCGGCCCCUCCAUCCUGCACACCAGCCUCCUAACCCCAACCCCUGCAGAAGAGCUGCUGCUCAACCCUUUUACUGGUACCUGCCAGCUCCAAGGGACAGGGAGCGGAUUCUGAGGGCCUAGCUGGGCCUCUGUGGUCAGAUGGGAAGCCCUAAAAACAGCCAGAGGGGCUGCGUGUGAUGGGAGAAGGACAAGAGAUGUCAUCUGAACAUCUGCCCUGCCUACCGACCCGGCUUCAGGCCACCUGGCCGUGAAGCUGAUCUCACUCGGGGCAGGGAGUCCCUGAGGGCUGAAGUCGGCAGCCCCUGGCAACAGCUGCUCACCUCCAGUCCCGGGAAGUGCCAGUGAAGAGACUGCAGCUGCCUCUCCCCCCUUGUCCCAACCACGCACCAGGCAGUGAUCGGGACUCAUGGUUCCCAGUUCAAAGGGAAGACCACUUCUCUGCUGGGGCGGAGAUGGAACCAGAGCCCUCGUCUCAUCUCUGCUCCCCUUGAGUUUUCUGGAAUGGACCUACCUGCCAGGAAGCCAGGUCACCCUUGCCAGGUUCUGGACUUGCCUGCCCUCACGGGAACACAGGCACCCCGGGCAGUGGUGGCGGUGGUGGUGAGGCCGGGCCAGCAGCAUUCAUAGCGGAGGAUGCCCCAGGCCCUGGAGCGCGCGGAGAGCUGCUGGGCCUGGAUGGUGCUGCUGGCCUCCGUGGUGAGUCAGGGCCUCACCCUGGGCUUCCCCACCUGCAUCGGCAUCUUCUUCACCGAACUGCAGCAUGAGUUCCAGGCCAGCAACAGCGAGACCUCCUGGUUCCCCUCCAUCCUGACGGCCAUGCUCCACGCAGGGGGACCCCUGUGCAGCAUCCUGGUGGGACGCUUUGGCUGCCGAGCGACGAUGAUGCUGGGAGGCGUGCUGGCCAGCCUGGGCAUGGUGGCGGGCUCCUUCUGCCGCACCCUUGGCCAGCUCUACCUCACGGCAGGAUUCAUCACAGGUCUGGGCAUGUGCUUCAGUUUUCAGUCGAGCAUCACCGUGCUGGGGCUCUACUUCACCCGCUGGCGGGUGCUGGCCAACUCGCUGGCCUCGACAGGCGUCUCCCUGGGCAUCACGCUGUGGCCCCUGCUCUCCCGCUACCUCCUGGAGGACCUGGGCUGGAGGGGCACCUUUCUCAUCUUCGGCGGGGUUUUCCUCCACUGCUGCGUGUGUGGGGCCAUCCUGCGGCCCGUGGCCACCAGCGUGACCCCUGAGACCAGGGAAGGCCCCCCUCCACCUUCCACGAGACCCGCGAACAGCUGCCGGGCAGCGUGCGAUCGGGCCAUCCAGCGCCACCUGGCCUUCGACGUCCUGCGGCAGAACGCGGGCUACCGCGUGUUCACGCUGGGCGUCGUGUGGAUGAUCAUGGGUUUCCCGCUGCCACACGUCUUCUUGGUGCCGUACGCCAUCCGGCACGGGCUGGACGAACACAGGGCGGCCCUGCUCAUCUCCAUCAUCGGCUUCAGCAACAUCUUCCUGCGGCCCCUGGCCGGGCUGGUGGCGGGCCGGCAGGUCUUUGCCGGUCACCGCAAGUACCUGUUCAGCCUGGCAGCCCUGCUCAACGGGCUCACCAACCUGGUGUGCGCGGCAUCCGCCGACUUCCGGGUGCUGGUCGGCUACUGCCUGGUGUACAGCGUGUCCAUGAGCGGCAUCGGGGCCCUCCUCUUCCAGGUGCUCAUGGACAUCGUCCCCAUGGACCGCUUCUCCAGCGCCCUGGGCCUCUUCACCAUCCUCGAAAGCAUCUCCAUCCUCAUCUCCCCGCCACUGGCUGGACUCCUCCUGGACACCACCACCAACUUCAGCUACGUUUUCUACAUGUCGAGUUUCUUCCUCAUCUCUGCCGCCCUUUUCAUGGGUGGCAGCUUCUGGGCCCUGGGGAAGAAGGAGAGGCACGGCCAGAGGGCUGAGGCUGAAGAGGCCAUCCCGGAGGCCACUAAAGAGCAGGGCCUCACUGGAGGGGACACAGACGGUCCCAAGAAGCAGCCACGCGUGGAGAUCAUGUAUGUGACCAGCGUCUGAGCCCCAGGGUCACUCACACGUGUGACCAGACUCUGCUCCGAAGUCAGGGGGUCCUGCCUCAGCCCGGGAAUGGGGUGUCUGGCUGCUUGGCCAGGGGCUGGGGUGAAGGGCUGCCCAGGAAGCCUGAACCAAAGGCCACCCGGGCUCUGCACGUCUGGACUCAGCCAGGAGCUGGGCCCCCAGAGGCUGACCUCCAAAGACCCAGGGUUCCUUCCAACCUUCCAGACUCCAGGAGCGGGUCCUCCUGGCUUUUUCCUUGGGCACCAGAGUACCUGGGGCCUGGGACAGUGGGUCUGAGCCCGGCUCGGGUCUGUCACAGCCGGCCCGGCUCAGCUGGCUGCCUACCGCUGCUGCUACAGCUCAACACACUGGACCUUCAAGUCCAGCCUGGAUGCCUCCGAUGUGAUCUCUUUGUCCUUCACCCUCCAGACAAUGCCAAAGAGCCUACCCUUCCCCCGAGUCCCCCACCCCUUCCCAGCUGGCCCCACCUCUGCCUGACAGCUGCCCCCAGCACAGAUUGCUAGGCCUCAGCCUCGUGCUGGCUGGAACCUUAGGAAGAAGGGCCUGUGAGCAAUUGAGUCACGGUGCUGGGGGCCAGGCUGAAGGGCCAACCUGGAUGCAGGAUUUGGACAGAUUAAAUGUUGCUGGAGUA